UUCACUGUCCCGGCACGAUGGCCACCAAACGCUUCGUCCUCACAGGACCCGCACCAUGGGGAUUCCGACUGGUGGGAGGGAAAGACUUCGAACAGCCGCUAACUAUUUCCAGGGUGGCUCCCGGUAGCAAGGCUGCUCUGGCUGAGCUGUGUACCGGAGAUGUAGUGAUCGCCAUUGAUGGAGAGAACACAGACGGAAUGACUCAUUUAGAAGCACAGAACAAAAUCAAAGCCUGUGAAGAUGAUCUGUCUCUCACCAUUAACAGGGUUGAAUCUAAGAUUUGGUCACCCAUGGUAACUGAAGAAGGCAAAGCACACCCAUAUAAAAUGAAUCUGGCCUCUAAUGCUCAGAGACCUGUCAAAUUUCAGCGUGCUUUCAGCAUGACUUACCAGCCACUAAAAUCACCAUCAGACUCCAUCAGUCCCAUCUCUCCUUCUGCGAUGUUUAAGGCUCCCAUGUCUUCUGUGUAUAACCCUCUUCAGUCAUGUACCGCCCCUGGCUCCUUGCAAAGGAGGCACAGCACCUCUUCAAUCCCAACUCAAAUGCGAGUGGGCCCUGAAGAGUUAAAACAAGCCGCACAGAUCUGUCCCAACAGCCCAGUGGAGGUGGAUAUUCCUGGACUUAAAGUCAUGCACAACCAGUUUAACUCCCCAUUACAGCUCUAUUCCCAAGAAAACCUUAUGGACACUUUGCAGGGCCAGAUCUCUUCCAUUAACCCAACUUAUACCAGUGUGGACCGGCCUCUACCUCCACAAGCGCGGCAGAUUGACAAAGACUCUGAGGUAUACAAGAUGCUGCAGGAGAACCAGGAUUCAAAUGAACCCCCCAGACAGUCAACUUCCUUCUUAGUACUGCAGGACAUAUUAGAGAGUGAUGAGAAAGGUGAGAAGCCUUCUGGGUUCCGCAGUGUGAGGCCCCCCACCACCAAAGUGGCAGCUUCUGUUGGCAGUGGGCAGAAAUUGCCAAUCUGUGAUCAUUGUGGAUCAGGCAUUGUGGGAGUCUUUGUGAAGAUCCGUGACAAGCCUCGUCACCCUGAAUGCUAUGCGUGUACUGACUGUGGAAUGAAUCUCAAACAGAAGGGCCAUUUUUUCGUAGAGGACAAGAUGUACUGUGAAAAGCACGCACGGGAACGUACUACUCCCCCCGAAGGGUAUGACGUAGUGACUGUAUUCCCCAAAUAAAAUGUACCCAUUUCCACUCACUGCUAUACACAAAAUGACAUUUCCUACCCUUUCAAUGCUGAGUGAAGGCUUCUGUUUACCCAGACACAAAUGUUUGCAGAAGAUGCUUCUAGAGAGAAAACCUGUGGAGAUUUUUUUUAACAAAUGUAG